AUGGGUCGCCUCCACUCCAAGGGAAAGGGCAUUUCGUCCUCCGCCAUCCCCUACUCCCGCACUGCCCCCGCUUGGCUCAAGACCACCCCCGACCAGAUUGUCGACCACAUCUGCAAGCUCGCCAAGAAGGGUGCCACCCCUUCGCAGAUCGGUGUUGUCCUCCGUGACAGCCACGGUGUUGCCCAGGUCAAGAUUGUUACUGGUAACAAGAUCCUCCGUAUCUUGAAGUCCAGCGGCCUCGCCCCCGAGCUCCCCGAGGACCUUUACUUCCUGAUCAAGAAGGCCGUCGCUGUCCGCAAGCACCUUGAGCGUAACCGCAAGGACAAGGACUCCAAGUUCCGCCUCAUUCUGGUCGAGUCCCGCAUCCACCGUCUGUCCCGCUACUACAAGACCGUCGGUGUCCUGCCCCCCACCUGGCGUUACGAGAGCGCCACCGCCUCCACCCUUGUCGCAUAA